GAGUUGAACGGUGGCGAAAGUCAGUCGAGCAUGGGUUCGUUAAGCUAAGACAGAAACUCAUUCUUCACGCUGUUUAGACUGCCGCAAGGUCGCGAACUCAGACCAAGUUAGCAAUCCGAGCGAUGUCUUCUCCCGAGCGGCGGCGUCAAUGACACGAUAAUAAUCGCGUACUACUCUUCAACGAGACGUAAGCCUCUCUUCAACUUCAGGGUCAACCGAGACCAGGAAUCCGUCGGGUCGUCGGUCAGUCUGUCGGCUAAUCGCACGUUCCUCCUCUCUCUGAUUCGUGAGUUUGUGAUUCCUCUAGAACGCUUCCUCAGCUCCUCCGAUAAACUGCGCUCCGGAUGCUCCACACUGUGUUUUUGAGGAGCGAAAAGGAGAACGCGCGAUGGCCGAGCUCGCGUCGAAAUCUAAACUCGAUUGGAGCCGCGUGUCGAAGAUUCUCUUCUUCGUCUUCACGGCCUGUCUCCUGCAGGGAUCGACGUUCUCGCAUGUGACAUCGUUCUUCAACAAAUACGCGCUCGAGGAGAAAGAUCUGUCCUCCACUCAGUACGGGAUCGUCAUGGGCGCGUACGCGUUCGCCGUCAUGACCAUGACCCCGCUGUGCGCGGCAGUGCUCAGGACCAGAAAGUUCUCGGAUAAAGCGAUUCUAUUCACCGGUCUGACCGUGGACUCGUGUUUUUGCUUGAUCAUGAGCUCUGUGUGUCUGAUUGGAGGCGGGAUCUUGUUUUUCCUCGCGUCUCUGAUCCUGCGGCUGUGCGCAGCCUGUGGUUGCGCGAUCGGCUUCUUCAUGGCGUACGUAAUCAUCGGAGUCGAAACGCCAGAAAUCAAUCACAUUAUUAUUCCUCUGCUCGAAACCUGCUAUGGGGUGGCGGUCGUCAUCGGCCCGGCGAUCAGUGGAAUCCUCUACGAUAUCGGUGGAUUUCCCGUACCUUUUCUCGUCAUCGGGGGCUCAUUGCUCACUCUUGCGAUCGUCGGCAUCUUCGCCUUCCCGAGCAGUUUGCCACGGAACGAUGAGGACGGGGACGAGAACGAGAUGAAGCUUUCAUCGGCGUGGCAGUUCCCGAUUGUCGUGAACGUUCUCUGCUCGCUCAACACAUUCGCUCUGAUUUCCUUCAAUGAAGCAACGCUCGCCCUGCGGCUCUACAACAAAUUCGGAAUGACCGCGGGAGAAUCCGGGGCCGUGUUCCUCUUUGUCGGUGGUUUCUACGCACUGUCAGGUCUGGCGUCGGGCUUCAUGUCGAAAAAGGUAUCCGAGCCCCGAUACUUCACCGCUCUCGGACAAUUCACUCUCGUCGUCGCGAUGAUCUUGCAGGCACCACUACUCAAUUUCGAGCAGACGACAACGCACGUUUACAUUGCUCAGAUAAUGUUGGGCCUGGGAUCUGGUCCCGCAUACGUGUGCUCGUACCUGCAAUCCCUCCGUUAUUUAGGCGACGGCAAGGAAACCAAGGAGACAUAUGCCGUGUUAUCGGCUAUUUUCACACCGGUCACCGCCCUCGGAGGGACCAUCGGACCCCUGGUGGGAGGAAUCCUUCUGGAUUUCUUCUCCUACGAGCAGGUCGUUCUGGUGUAUACAACGUUAUCGGCUCUCUCCUUCAUCACGCUUGUCAUCACGAUCCGCUUGACGCAGAAAUCGAAACCGAGAUCAUCGGCGACGGCAGUCGCAGCGAUCACUUAAUUUAUUCGGAGCGACAGAUGCGCCUAGAAAUAAAUGAUAAAAUAUGAGCCUGGAU